AGCGUCCAUCGACCUCAAUCAGUAUUUCCCUUUAAAAAAGUGUCUCUGACUACAACUUCAACUUCCUUAUAAUAAAGAAUCCAUAGUUCUUGACAUUUCAUAACUUCAGAAGAAGUCCAAUUGCAUUGCAUUUUCCUAAUCCUUACAAAUACCUGUUGAGUCACAUUCCUGAUGACCAAGAAUCUUGAGCACUUUAUACAGAUAAACAAGUUCAGGGAAGAUUAGUGCAAGCACAGGGUUUAGUUGUGCUUGGUUCUUGAUAUUGGAAUUGCUACAAAUCCAUUAUCAACAUGGAGGGCAGUGAAAUUUAUAGAGCUAGUAGUAGCUUAAGAAGAGGGAGUUUUGUAGGAUGGAGAAGCAACAGUGAUGUUUUUUCAAGAUCUGGAAGAGAAGAUGAUGAUGAAGAAGCUCUAAAAUGGGCCGCACUUGAAAAAUUACCUACUUAUGAUCGUUUGAGGAAAGGUAUAUUGCUUAGUGCAUCUCAAGGUGUUUUUAGUGAGAUUGACAUUGAUAAUCUUGGACUUCAAGAAAAGAAAACUCUGAUAGAGAGAUUGGUUAAAGUGGCUGAAGAAGAUAAUGAGAAGUUCUUGUUGAAACUCAAGAACCGUAUUGAUAGAGUUGGUAUUGAACUUCCAACAAUUGAAGUUAGAUACGAGCAUCUAAAUAUUGAAGCAGAGGCUGUAUCAGGAGGCAGAGCCUUGCCUUCAUUUGUUAACUUCUCUAUUAGCAUAAUAGAGGGUUUCUUGAAUUUUCUUCAUAUUCUUCCAAGUAGAAAGAGACCAUUUACCAUCCUUAAGGAUGUUAGUGGAAUCAUCAAGCCAUCAAGAAUGACUUUGCUUUUGGGUCCUCCAAGUUCUGGAAAGACCACUCUUUUGUUGGCACUGGCUGGAAAGCUUGACCCUAAUCUAAAGUUUUCUGGUAAUGUGACUUACAAUGGUUACAAGAUGAAUGAAUUCAUACCACAGAGAACUGCUGCAUAUAUCAGUCAACACGAUGAACACAUGGGCGAAUUGACUGUGAAGGAAACUUUGGCUUUUUCUGCAAGAUGCCAAGGAGUUGGAAGCCAACAUGAGUUAUUGGCCGAAUUGUCUAGAAGAGAAAUAGCAGCAAAUAUUAAGCCUGAUCCCGAUAUUGAUGUUUUUAUGAAGGCUGCAGCAACAGAAGGUCAAGAGACUAAUGUGGUCACGGAUUAUGUUUUAAAGAUACUAGGAUUGGAAAUCUGUGCAGAUACUUUGGUAGGAAAUGCAAUGAUAAGGGGUAUCUCUGGAGGACAAAAGAAGCGUGUUACAACAGGUGAGAUGCUGGUUGGGCCGGCAAGGGCGCUAUUUAUGGAUGAGAUCUCUACUGGCUUGGACAGUUCAACGACUUACCAAAUUGUGAACUGCCUGAAGCAAACCACUCACAUUCUUAAUGGAACUGCUGUCAUCUCCCUCCUUCAACCAGCUCCGGAGACUUAUAACCUCUUUGAUGACAUUAUUCUCCUGUCAGACGGCCAGAUAGUGUACCAAGGUCCCCGGGAACAAGUACUUGAUUUCUUUGAAUAUAUGGGCUUCAGGUGUCCUGAACGCAAAGGCGUGGCUGAUUUCUUACAGGAAGUAACGUCAAGGAAAGAUCAGAAGCAGUAUUGGGCACGUAGAGAUCAGCCUUAUCGUUUUAUCACAGUCAAGGAAUUUUCUGAGGCACUCCAGUCAUAUGAGGUGGGAAGAAGAAUUGGAGAUGAGCUAUCAAUUCCAUUUGAUAAAUCCAAGAGCCAUCCAGCUGCUUUGGCAACCAAAAAGUAUGGUGUAGGGAAGAGGGAGCUUCUUAAAGCUUGCAUCUCAAGAGAGUUCUUGCUCAUGAAGAGAAACUCAUUUUUCUACAUCUUCAAGCUCAGCCAACUUAUAAUUAUGGCAACCAUUGCAAUCACACUCUUCCUGAGGACUGAGAUGGACCGCGAAACUUUGACUGAUGGAGGAGUUUAUUUGGGUGCUUUGUUCUACACUGUGACCAUAAUCAUGUUCAAUGGUAUGGCAGAACUAUCCAUGACCAUUGCAAAGCUUCCUGUUUUUUACAAACAAAGGGACCUCCUAUUCUAUCCUGCAUGGUCAUAUUCUCUUCCCACAUGGCUUCUUAAAAUUCCUGUCACAUUUGUGGAAGUUGGUGUCUGGGUUUGCAUCAAUUAUUAUGCCAUUGGAUUUGAUCCUAAUAUUGGAAGGUUCUUUAAGCAGUAUCUUCUGCUCUUAUUUGUUAACCAGAUGGCAUCUGGACUAUUUCGAUUCAUUGCUGCAGCUGGAAGAAACAUGAUUGUUGCUAACACCUUUGGAUCCUUUGCACUGCUAACACUUUUUGCAUUGGGUGGCUUUGUCCUGUCACGAGAGGAGAUAAAAAAAUGGUGGAUAUGGGCUUACUGGUUGUCACCAUUGAUGUAUGGGCAGAAUGCUAUUGUUGUUAAUGAAUUUCUUGGAAAUAGCUGGAGUCAUAUUCCUCCAAAUUCGACAGAAUCGCUAGGAGUUCAACUGUUGAAGAGUCGCGGAUUCUAUCCAUAUGCAUAUUGGUAUUGGAUUGGACUAGGCGCAUUGAUUUGUUUCUUGCUAGUAUUCAACUUGUUAUUCGCCCUAGCUCUCACUUUUCUUGACCCUUUUGAGAAACGUCAAGCUGUUAUAUCUGAGGAUUCUCAGAGUAAUGAGCCUGCUGAUCAAACUGGAGCAUCCAUUCAGUUAAGAAACUAUGGAAGUAGUCAUAUAUCAACCACAAGUAGUGAUGGUGAAAUCAGUGAGGUGAACCAUAACAAGAAGAAAGGAAUGGUUCUUCCAUUUGAACCACGUUCCAUCACCUUCGAUGAUGUUAUAUACUCGGUUGACAUGCCACAGGAAAUGAGAAGUCAGGGAGUUCUUGAAGAUAAAUUGGUGCUAUUGAAGGGAGUAAGUGGUGCUUUCAGGCCGGGUGUUCUCACAGCUUUAAUGGGCAUUAGUGGGGCCGGUAAAACCACUCUGAUGGAUGUGCUGGCUGGUAGGAAAACUGGUGGAUAUAUUGAGGGGGACAUCAGAAUUUCGGGAUACCCAAAGAACCAAGAAACAUUUGCCAGAAUUUCAGGGUACUGUGAGCAGAAUGACAUCCAUUCUCCACAUGUCACUGUCCGUGAAUCUUUAAUAUACUCAGCCUGGCUUCGUCUGCCCUCGGAAGUUGACUCGGAUACCAGAAAGAUGUUUGUUGAGGAAGUCAUGGAGCUUGUGGAACUGGAUUCCAUUAAAAACGCUCUAGUUGGGUUGCCAGGAGUGAAUGGUCUGUCCACAGAGCAGCGAAAACGGCUUACAAUUGCAGUUGAGCUAGUAGCAAACCCCUCUAUUAUAUUCAUGGAUGAGCCAACUUCAGGGCUAGAUGCAAGAGCAGCUGCAAUUGUUAUGAGAACAGUUAGGAACACUGUGGACACAGGAAGAACAGUUGUAUGCACAAUUCAUCAGCCAAGCAUUGAUAUAUUUGAAGCUUUCGACGAGCUUUUCCUGAUGAAGAGAGGAGGAGAAGAGAUAUAUGUCGGGCCACUGGGUCGCCAGUCUUGCCAUCUAAUUAAAUAUUUUGAGGGAAUUGAAGGAGUCAGUAAAAUCAAAGAUGGUUAUAACCCAGCAACUUGGAUGCUGGAAGUCACCAGUACUGCACAAGAGUUAGCUAUGGGGAUUGAUUUCAGUGACAUUUAUAAAAAUUCAGAACUCUACAGGAGAAACAAAGCAAUGAUAAAGGAAUUAAGCAUACCUGCUCCUGGUUUAAAUGACCUCUAUUUCCCUACAAAAUACUCGCAAUCAUUUUUCACCCAAUGUUUGGCUUGCUUAUGGAAACAACGUUUGUCAUACUGGAGGAAUCCACCGUAUACUGCUGUGAGAUUUCUGUUCACGAGCUUUAUAGCUUUGAUGUUUGGAACAAUUUUUUGGGAACUUGGUAGCAGAAGGUCUAAGCAACAGGACAUAUUUAAUGCUGCGGGUUCAAUGUACGCAGCAGUCCUUUUCCUCGGAGUGCAAAAUUCAGCCUCCGUGCAACCAGUGGUGGCUGUUGAAAGAACCGUCUUCUACAGAGAGCGAGCUGCCGGAAUGUACUCAGCUAUGCCUUAUGCUUAUGCACAGGUUUUGGUAGAGAUUCCUUAUCUACUCUGUCAAGCUGUUGUAUAUGGUACUAUAACAUAUGCAAUGAUUGGAUUUGAUUGGUCUAUUGCCAAGUUCUUUUGGUAUCUGUUCUUCAUGUUCUUCACAUUAUUGUACUUCACCUUGUUUGGAAUGAUGUGUGUUGCUGCGACGCCUAAUCACCAAAUUGCAGCCAUUAUUUCCUCAGCAUUUUAUGGAAUAUGGAAUCUCUUUUCAGGAUUUAUAAUCCCGCGAACUAGGAUGCCUGUGUGGUGGAGAUGGUACUACUGGGCAUGCCCAGUAUCAUGGACCUUAUAUGGACUAAUUGCUUCACAAUUUGGAGACAUGCAAAAUGUUCUUGAAGAUAAGCAAACAAUUGAAGAAUUUAUAAAAGAUUAUUAUGGUUUCAACCAUGAUUUUGUAAUAGUAGUUGCAGGUGUAAUUCUUGGGUUUGCGCUCCUCUUUGCAUUUACCUUUGGUGUUUCUAUCAAGUCCUUUAAUUUCCAGAGGAGAUAGAUAUACAUUAUUGUUUUAUUUCUGCCUAUACAUGUAAUUUUGAGGAAUCAUUAUCAAGUAAAUGAUGAAGGAAAUGACAUAUUGAUGUGUGAUUAUUUUCAA